UCGCCGGAGGACAACCACACGUAGGCCAAUUCACGACUUCUCAACCCUCCGAGCACCCAAGCGCAAUUCCCUCGAAUCGGUCCCCCCCCUUGACUUCAGAGUUUUUCACGAUUAUUGCCAUUGCACACGACCGAGCCCGCGGUUACCACUCCCCCACUCGAGAGGACACGUUUGGCGGAGAGCUAGGAGAGGGACAUCGAAUUAUAUCUCCAGCAACGCUCGUUGCGAAGCUGGCAGCACAACAACAAGAUGGACAAGAAACAUGAGGAUGUCGCCAUGGUGGCGCAGAUUGACAAGACUUCUGUCUUCCAGGAGGCACGAGUCUUCAAUCAGAGCCCCAUAUCUCCACGGAAAUGCAGAGUUAUUUUGACCAAACUUGCGCUCUUGCUCUUCACCGGUGAGAGCUGGGGAAGGCAAGAGGCCACAACACUUUUCUUCGGAAUUUCAAAACUCUUCCAGAAUAAGGAUGCCUCCCUUCGACAGAUGGUCUAUCUGGUCAUCAAGGAGCUCGCUAGCUCCGCCGACGACGUUAUCAUGGUCACUUCUUCCAUAAUGAAGGAUACGUCAGUUGGAAGCGAUGUUGUCUUUCGACCCAACGCCAUUCGCGCCCUUUGCCGUGUCAUCGAUGCUUCGACCGUACAAGCAAUUGAGCGUCUUGUCAAGACUUGUAUCGUAGACAAGAAUCCCUCGGUCGCCUCCGCCGCGCUGGUCUCCUCGUACCAUCUCCUUCCCGUAGCCAAGGACGUUGUCAGGAGGUGGCAGUCUGAGGCUGCCGAGGCCGCAUCGGGUAGCAAAUCUGGAGGUGGAUUUUUGGGUGGAUUUGGAGGAGGCUCGCAAUCCGCACUGCAGGCUGGUACCAACUAUAUGACACAGUAUCACGCUAUUGGACUCCUUUAUCAAAUGCGAUCCGGCGACAGGAUGAGCUUGGUCAAGAUGGUCCAACAAUACUCGGCAGCCGGUGUCGUUAAGAGCCCUGCGGCCACUGUCUUGCUCGUGCGCUUGGCCGCCAAACUCGCCGAAGAGGACCCCAACCUGAGAAGGCCCAUGAUGCAACUGCUUGAUGGAUGGUUGCGACACAAGUCUGAGAUGGUCAACUUUGAAGCCGCCAAGGCCAUUUGCGACAUGAGGGAUGUUACUGAUGCCGAGCUUGUUCAAGCAGUCCAUGUCCUCCAGCUAUUCCUCACCUCACCUCGCGCCGUUACCAAGUUCGCUGCCUUGAGGAUAUUGUCAUCCAUGGCCUCUUUCAAGCCCGAUGCUGUUCGAUCUUGCAACCAGGAUAUUGAGGCAUUGAUCAGCAACGCGAACCGCAGCAUUGCGACUUUCGCAAUUACCACACUGCUGAAGACUGGUAACGAAUCAUCCGUGGAUAGGUUGAUGAAGCAAAUUACCGGCUUCAUGGCUGAGAUCACAGACGAGUUCAAGGUUACCAUUGUUGAGGCUGUCCGGACGUUGGCAUUGAAGUUCAAGGCUAAGCAGGCUGGUUUCCUCACUUUCUUGAGUGGAAUUUUGCGCGACGAGGGUGGUUACGAGUUUAAGCGCUCUGUUGUUGAGGCCAUCAUGGACUUGAUUCGAUUCGUACCGGAAGCCAAGGAAGACGCCCUCGCUACGCUCUGCGAAUUUAUCGAAGACUGUGAAUUCACAAAACUCGCUGUUCGUAUCCUCUUCGUUCUAGGAAGGGAAGGACCUUCAACACCACACCCAACCAAGUACAUCCGAUACAUCUACAAUCGCGUUGUUCUCGAGAAUGCCGUAGUCCGAGCUGCUGCGACAUCUGCAUUGGCUAAGUUUGGUGUUGGACAAAAGGACCCCGAAAUCAAGAAGUCCGUACACGUCCUUCUCACACGCUGCCUAGACGAUGUCGAUGACGAGGUCCGUGAUCGUGCUGCCUUGAAUCUGCGUUUGAUGGACCAGGAUGACGAUUUGGCACUGAGCUUCAUCCGAAGCGACUCCAUGUUCUCUCUCCCCGUUUUGGAACACCAGCUCGCAAUGUAUGUCAGUUCCGAUUCACGAGAUACCUUCGAGCAAGCUUUCGACAUUUCAAAGAUCCCCACUGUCUCCAGAGAGCAGGCAGACGCAGAAGACAUCAAGAAGAAGACCGCUUCCACAACACCCACCAUCAAGGCGCCAAGUGCUGGUCCUAAGGCUACAUCAAGAUCAGGAGCCGAUGCUGCUGCUUCGGCGACUGCUGCCGCCCAGAAAUACGCCACGGAACUCCAGAAGAUCCCCGAGUUGGCAGCAUAUGGCGGUGUCCUCAAAUCAAGUGGACCCGUCGAACUCACCGAGUCCGAGACCGAAUACGUCGUUUCCGCUAUCAAGCAUAUCUUCAAGGACCACAUUGUCAUCCAGUACGAGAUCAAGAACACCCUGCCCGAUACUGUUCUGUUGGACGCCCAAGUUGUCGUAACUCCCGAGGACGACGGCGAUGUCCAGCUCGAGGAGGAGUUUAUCAUCCCCGCACCCAAGCUUGCCACAAAUGAGCCAGGCACUGUCUAUGUUUCCUUCAAGCGCCUCGAAACCGAAUCGCAAUUUAUUGCCACUUCGUUCACCAAUGUGCUCAAAUUCGUCAGCAAGGAGAUUGACCCAAGCACCAAUGAGCCUGAAGAUGGCGAUGGUUACGAGGACGAGUACCCAGUCGAAGACCUCGAGCUCAACGGCUCCGACUACGUCGUUCCAGCUUACGCUGGAAGCUUCGACAAUGUUUGGGAGCAGUCAAAUGGCGAUUCGGCCGUCGAAACCCUGCAGCUCAGCGAGGUCAAGAGCAUAGCCGACGCAACCGAGCAACUUAUCAAGACACUUUCUCUUCAACCCCUCGAUGGCACAGAUGUCGCCCUUUCCACCUCCACUCAUACACUCAAGUUGUAUGGCAAGACAAUCACUGGUGGAAAGGUUGCAGCAUCAGUACGGAUGGCAUACAGCGCCAAGACUGGCGUGACUAUGAAGAUUGACGUGAGGAGUGAGGAAGAGGGCGUGGCAGCUUUGAUUGUUGGUAGCGUAGCAUAAUCUUGAUGGCCCUCCUGUUUUGAGAGAGCAGUACAUGGUUGUUAUCAUUGUUUAACUGGUUGAAAAGCGGACAUGAGAUAGAGAGAUAUGCAAUAUUAAGCAUGCAAUUG